AUGAGCCUUUCACUCAUAAUCUUCAUCACCAUUCUUAUUCUUCCAUCAAUAUCUUGUUGCUCAAAAACCAUCCAUGGAAACAAUCAAACCAGCUGCUGUAUUGUAAACCCUUUUUUGGAAAAUCAAAAUUCAUCAAUCAUCAAAGAUCAUAUACUCGAGCUGGCAAAUGAUGUUGAUACAGUGGAUUGGAUCAAGAAAAUAAGAAGGGAGAUUCAUGAGUACCCAGAACUUGCCUUCGAAGAAAUCAAAACCAGCUCCGUAAUCCGCCAUGAAUUGGAGAAGAUGAGUAUUGGGUAUCGGUGGCCGGUGGCCAAGACUGGAGUCGUCGCCGUCGUUGGCUCCGGUUUGCCGCCGUUCGUUGCACUCAGAGCAGACAUGGAUGCUUUACCCAUUCAGGAACUGGUUGAAUGGGAGCAUAAGAGCAAGAUUGAUGGCAAGAUGCAUGCUUGUGGACAUGAUGCACAUGUUGCAAUGCUUCUUGGUGCUGCUAAAAUCUUGAAACAGCUCGAAAAUGAAUUGCAGGGGACGGUGAUUUUGAUAUUUCAACCAGCGGAAGAACGCGGUGAAGGAGCGAAACAGAUGAUCAAAGAAGGUGUUCUCGAGAACGUGGAGGCUAUUUUCGGUCUACAUUUAGUCCUCUCCUCCGAUUCUGGUGUCGUUGCAUCGAGGCCGGGGGAAUUUCUGGCGGGAUGUGGUUGUUUCAAGGCGGUGAUCCAGGGCAAAGGAGGUCAUGCCGCCAUCCCUCAAGAAUCGAUCGAUCCAAUUUUGGCUGUUUCGGCUUCUAUAAUUAGCUUACAACAUCUUGUUUCUCGAGAGGCUGAUCCCUUGGAUACUCCUGUGGUUUCAGUAGCAAUGGUAGAUGGUGGAACUCAGUUUAAUGUCAUUCCAGAUUCAGUUUCCAUUGCUGGUACUUAUAGAGCUUUUAGCAAAAAGAGCUUCUAUGCACUUGGAGAAAGAAUACAAGAGGUGAUAAGAGCUCAAGCCUCAGUAUAUCGUUGCUCAGCUGUGGUUGAUCUUGAAGGUAUCGAACAUCCGACGGUCUGCCCAACUGUCAAUGACGAAAGGAUAUACGAGCAUGUGAUAAAAAUCUCGAAAAUGAUCGUUGGAGAACAUAAUAUAGAAAUAAACCCUCCUACGAUGGGAAGCGAAGAUUUUGCAUUCUAUUUGGAAAAGAUUCCAGGCACCUUCGCUUUCCUCGGCAUGAGAAAUGAAAAAGCGUCAAUCGUCCAUUCACCGCAUAGUCCUUACUAUACAGUUGAUGAAGACGUACUGUCCACGGGAUCUGCACUUCAUGCUGCUUUCGCAUAUACAUACCUCUUAAACGCAUCAAACGCUUGUAGUUCAUAUUAGUAGAGAAACAAAAUAAAGACGAUGGAAACAGAUUCGAAACGUUCUCAAAAGGUCCGAUAAUUGAAGCAUAGUUUGUGAUACAAUAUGCAAGGACUCAUAUUGGAGUUGAAGGAAGUUCAAGGACUUGUUUUGUAAAUCAUCAAAUCAUGAAUAAUGUAAAUAUGUUAAAGUUGGUCAUUGGAUCUC